CUAAUUUAAUUUUUUUGUUAAUGAAAUGGUACUGCUGGAGACAGCGCACGACUUGUAAACAAAUAUUUGCUGUAAACAAAUACUCUUUUCUGUUUUUUUUUAUUGGUUGCCGUUUUCUCAAGUAAUUAACUUUACCUGAAGCAAUGGGAGGUUCUACGGUUUCUGAUAUAAUUAAUUUGACUGUACAUGCCGGCCAGGUUUUUGUGUGGAAUGCCGAAGAUUGGAGCACGCUUCGCAGACAGCACCGCAUCGUGGGGCAGCUGGUGGGGUCGCUGGCUCGCUUCCCGCGCCAGAGCAAGUUCGCGGGACUGCCCCUGACCCUCCUGCCGGAAGAGGCGACCCUGCUGGUGGAGAGGGGACUGGCCUGCCUGCAGAGUGUCCCGGCCCUGUCUCGGGCGCCGAGCGACGCCGUCAGGAAGGACCUGGAGAGGCACAGGAAGCUCAUGCAUAAAGAACAGGUGGAGCUGUGCGUGGAUGAGCGCAAGCGGCAGGUGACGGAGAUGAUCGACCGCAUCAUGGAGGGCCGGCGCCGCAAGCAGGCGGGGCAGAGCUCCAAGAAGAGGAGGAAGUCGGGGGCGGAGGACGCGGAGCAGUCGGGGAGCCGGGGGCAGCCCCCCACGGAGCAGGAGCGGGCGGAGCGCAGCGCCAUGCUGGAGGCAGAGCUGGCCAAGGUGCAGGCCGUGAGCGAGGACAGCACCAUGGUGCAGGUGUUUACAGCCUGUCCGUGGCUUCGUGAAGACGACGCUCGUCCUGUGGAGUGGAGUUUUCCUGAGACUCCAGCGGAGAAGCUUCGCUACGCCACUUUCAAAGCUCUUUGGGAACAGGGUUAUUACGUCUCUCCCGGCCAGAAGUUUGGCUCAGACUAUCUCGUGUAUCCAGGCGAUCCAAUGAAGUAUCACGCGCACUUCAUGGUGCUGUGCCAGGACCGAAGCUCCCCCCUCCUGCCGACCGAGAUCUCCGUGUUCGGUCGACUGGGGACCGAUGUGCGCAAGACUGCCGUCAUGGCGUACUUCGCGGAGGACGGGGAGACCGUCAGGUUCCAGUCGGUGCAGUGGGCUCGGCUUGCUUAGCGGAGCUCCACUCGGCAGCUGCUUGCAGCUCCGUAUCCUCCAUGCAAGAAGCUAGGGAACCACCCGGCAGCACUGAAGAGUGAAGCAAGAUGGAACGAGUGACUACACUACUGCAGAACUAUACACCAUAAAGAUUGGCAUGCGAGUUUUCAAGGUUCUAAGCAAUAGAGUUAUUUGUGUUGGAAUUUCUCUGAAAUGCUGAUUUGAAUCUGUGUGAAGUCAUUAUAUGUGAUUGUGAUUUUAUUCAUCCCAAAAUUUGUAAUGUCCCAAUGACUUUUUUUUUAAAAAAUCCAACCCAUUGUGAUGUGGCCACAUCAUUAAUAAAUCUGAUUAAUCUUGUAAUCAUAUUUUUUAUUAAUGAUGUGGCCGCCUACUGGGUUAUAAAACAAAUUUAAAAAAUGAUGCAUUUAUAGCUUUCAUUUUUCAGAAAAAUAAGUUGCCUACCAUACUUUCAUCUCAAUGUUUGAGUACAUAACUGAAAAUUAUCUUUGAGAUUUAAGCCUGAUUGUACAAUUUUGAUAUGAAUAACAAUAAUUAUCAGUCUAGCAAUAAUAUAUUUUAAAAGUUUCAAACAUUCACAA